AUCAUCGCCAGUGUUUUUACCAAGAGAAGAAAAUAACACCAGUCAACAAAAUUACAAAAAAAUCAAAGAUAGAAAAGAAGAAAUUGAUUUGACUAAAUCUAAUUUUGUAAUUUGAUCGAUUAUUCAUAUUCGAUGUCAAAUGGUCGUCGUCGAAUGACGUUCCAAUCGACAAUAAACAAAUAAAUCUCUAAUUAUCAUCAAUCAUAAACCUGUGAUUUUUUUGUUUCUUUAAAAAAAAAAAUAAUUUUAAUCAUCAAAAUAAAUAUACACCCUAUAUUCAAAAUGACCACAGAGAUCAAAGCAUAUUAUAAGAAUGCAAAAAUUCAAUUAUUGAGUAAAUUAGAAGGACAUCAGGAUAUAGUGAAUGCAGCUGUUAUCAUUCCACGUGAUGAUGGUGUCAUCAGUAUCAGUGAAGACAAAACCUUACGAAUUUGGUUGAAACGUGAUCGUGGUACUUAUUGGCCUUCAGUAUGUCAUGUUCUUCCAGCACCAAUUUCUUCGAUGGAUUAUAAUCAUCAAACAAAACGUUUAUUCGUUGGACUUGAUAAUGGUUACAUAUCAGAAUUUAGCGUUUCCGAUGAUUAUAAUCGAAUUAAAUCGGUUAAAAAUUAUGCCGCUCAUCAGAAUAGGAUAAAAGGAAUACUUUUUUCAUUGGAUACCGAAUGGCUAUUAAGUAUUGGACGUGAUAAAUAUUUUGUUUGGCAUUGUGCUGAACGUGGACAACGUAUUGGAGCUUAUUUCUGUCAAAAUUCUUGUACAGCUUUACAGUUUGAUCAUCAAUCUAAACAUGCUUUUAUUGGUGAUUUAAAUGGCCAUAUUGAAAUGAUCAAAUUGGAAAACAAUUCCUAUAAACCGGUAACUACAUUAAAAGGUCAUUCAGCACCAGUAAGGUGUCUGGCUUGGGAUAGUGUCAAUCAAUUACUAUUUUCUGGUGGUGCAGAUAAAAUAAUUAUCUGCUGGGAUAUUGGUGGUAAAAAAGGAACAGCUUAUGAACUACAAGGACAUAGAAAUUCCGUGACAUCUUUAUAUUUUUCCAAUACAAAUCGCCAUUUGAUUUCAACAUCGGAAGAUUAUAUGAUUAUUGCCUGGGACAUGUCUUGUCAACGUAAAGAGACACCUGAUUGGGCUGAAAGUGAUUUUUGUCAACGAUGUCAUCGGCCAUUUUUCUGGAACAUCAAAGCAAUGUAUAAUCAAAAAACACUUGGUUAUCGUCAGCAUCAUUGUCGUCUGUGUGGAAAAGCAAUUUGCGAUGAUUGUAGCUUGAAUCGAUCAACAUUACCAAAAUAUGGUUAUGAAUUUCCCGUUAGAGUAUGCAAUGAUUGUUUCACUACAAUUGAAGACGCAGAUCGAAUUUCUUUAGCUAAAUUUUAUGAUAGCAAACAUUGUAUAACCGAUAUGCAUAUUGAUGAACCACAUAAUCUAAUGAUUACAUCCGGUUUUGAUCGUAUUAUCAAACUAUGGGAUAUCAGUAGUCUUUUUGGUAAUUAAUUGGUAACAAAAAAACAUACGUUAUUACCGACCAAUUAUGAUGGAUCUUAUGGAAAGAAUAUAUUCUUCUUUAAACUCAUAAAUUAAUUAUCAUUAUUAUUACUACUACUACUAUUAAUACACAGAAAGAAAUAAUAAUCAAUACAACAGCAGCAGCACAUUGUGGAUAUCCGGAUCAUAUAUACUACAUACACACACACAUUGAUAAUUUGUUUGUAUUCUCUUUCUUAUGUUUGUAUAUGGAGAUAUUCCAUAAAUGUUUUUUCUUUCUCUUUCUCUUUCAAUCACACACAUAAUUAUUUACUUUUCGAUCAUAAAUUUAAUUGAUGAUGAUGAUUGUAUUGAAAUGCAAUAAAAAUUGUAAUUGAAACUUGAAA